AUGCGCCUUGGCAAUGAUUCGUCGUUUGUUGAUGCAAUAUGGCGGUUCAUUUUGUGGCCUUCCUUCUAGUGUUUUCGUUUUUAGGGAAGAGUGCCAAAAGUUCUCAUCAUGAACCGCAUUUUCAGCCUGGACGAACAACUAUUGUUCAUCUUUUUGAGUGGAAAUGGAAUGAUAUAGCUGAUGAAUGCGAGCAAUUUCUUGGACCAUUUGGAUAUGGUGGUGUACAAAUCUCGCCACCAAACGAGAACGGUGUUGUUUGGGAACCGUUUUGGAACAAAGCCGUGAAGAGGCCAUGGUUCGAGCGCUACCAACCGGUGAGCUACAAACUCUUCACCAGAAGUGGAACUGAGAAUGAAUUCAGGGAAAUGGUGAGAAGAUGCAACAAUGUUGGCGUGAGAAUCUAUGUGGAUGCUGUCAUAAACCACAUGACUGGUCAUAUUGGUGCAGGUCAUGGAACAGCAGGAAGUUAUUUUGACCCCUCCGUUCCCAAGUAUGACGGUGUUCCCUACGGUCCCGAACACUUCAACAAAGAAGGGAAAUGCCCUACUGGAUCCGGAGACAUUGAAGACUAUAACAACAAAAUACAAGUGCGCAACUGCCGUCUAUCGGGUUUAGCUGAUCUAGACCUGGGCCAUGAACACGUGAGGAACAAAAUCGUGGAAUAUAUGAACAAGUUGAUUGAUUUCGGUGUGGCUGGUUUUCGGGUGGACGCUGCAAAACACAUGUGGCCAGCAGACCUGACCGCCAUUUAUGGAAGGCUGAACAACUUGAAAGAAGUAACGUUUGGGGCUGGCAAAAGACCUUUCAUUUACCAAGAAGUCAUCGAUUUAGGAGGGGAGGCCAUUAAGUCUGAUGAGUAUGUUGGAUUUGGAAGAGUCACUGAGUUCAAGUACGGCAUGAAUCUAGGUAAUGUGAUCAGGAAGAAUAACAACCAGAAACUGAAGUAUCUUCGCAAUUUUGGUGAAGGCUGGGCUUUCCAGUCUGGAAACAACGCCCUUGCAUUUGUGGAUAACCACGACAAUCAACGAGGCCAUGGAGCAGGGGGUUAUGGAAGUAUCCUCACCCACAGGCAAUCUCGCAUGUACAAAAUGGCGGUCGCUUUCAUGCUUGCUUGGCCUUAUGGUGUUACUAGGGUUAUGAGUAGCUUCAGCUGGACAGAACACAUCGUCAAUGGGAAGGACGCCAACGACUGGAUCGGACCACCGCAUGAUGGAAAUUACAACAUCAAAAGUGUGAAGAGAAACCCUGACUUGACAUGUGGAGAUGGCUGGGUGUGUGAACACAGGUGGCGGCAGAUUUUCAACAUGGUUAAGUUCCGAAAUGUUGUUGGAUUCGAUGGCGUCGCAAAUUGGUGGGAUAAUGACAACAAUCAAAUAGCCUUCAGCCGGGGCAACAAAGGCUUCAUAGCUAUCAAUAACGAUGGUCAUACGUUGAAUCAGUCCUUGCAGACAGGACUUCCUCAAGGAACCUACUGUGACGUCAUAUCCGGUAAGAAGGAUGGAAAUCGAUGUACUGGCAGAUCAGUACAAGUGGGCGGAGAUGGCAGAGCACAAAUACAUGUUGACAACUCUUGGGAAGAUCCUAUGAUUGCAAUUCACAUAGAGGCAAAGCUUUGAGACUUCUGGGAAAUCAUGUACAAUUCCCACCUGCUUCAAAUGAAGGAGAUAAUGAUCAGUAUUUGUGCAACACAUAUGAACGCAACACACUUAUGUAUUAAAUACAUUGAACUGAAAAACAUCUUAUAAUAUUUUUUGAAUAAACAUUUUCAAUUUUACCUUUAUGACUGAAUAAUAAUUAGUGUUGAAAUAUGUUUUAAGAUGGCAUAUAAGCAUUUAAAAAAGUCUUAUAUAUUCUUUAUGAAAUUUUAUCGUCUGUAUUAUAUUGUCUUGGAAUUUCCAUACAUUUAUAUUAAAUUAAUUUUAUUUUUAAAAUUAUUAUUAUUUUUUUAGAUUAAUAAAAUAUGUGCCUCUGCA